AUGAGUGAAAAUAAUUCAAUCGAACUUGUUCUUAAUUUGGAUUUAACUGAUUAUAAAUCAUUUAUUUGUCCUCAACGACAAGAUCUUCCAGAAGAAAUUCGUCAAUGUAUAAGAGAAGAUCAUUUAUCACAUGCUCUUGGUGUUGCAUGUAUUCUAAUAACAUCUGAUAAUUAUAUUAGUUUAAUUAAACGAAGUUCUGCUUGUACUGAUCUUCCAAAUACAUAUGAUAUAUCUGGUGGUCAUGCUGAACCAAAGAAUUUAAAAACAUUUACUAAAGAAAAUAUAAUUAAAGAAAUUAUUUCAUCAACUAUUGCUGCAUGUGUUAAUGAAACAAAUGUUGAUAGAAAUUCUCUUCUUAUUGAUUGA